AUGGUUGUUGAAUGUGGAGUGGCGCCAACUGGACUACCGUACUCCAAGCCGACCAGUCCGAGAGGAAUGAGAUCCACCAAGUCCCGGGGAAUAAUUCACUCGGUUUUGGAGAAAGGGACGGCCCGAUUGAUCUGCGAUGAAGAUUUCAGGACUCUUCGAGUGAGUUAGACAUGCUUUAUAGUGGUUUUAAAGGGGUUUUUGGGACUUUCAAGUUUUCGUGGUGGGACCCAAAAUUUGGAAUUUUAGCGACAAGAAAUGGUCAAAAAAUCGUUGCAAUAAAAUUUACAACGCUUUAUGGGAGUUUAUUCUCUCUUGCGGCCUCGUUUUUACCUUAAGAUAGAAUUCUCAGGUUUUCGUGGUGGGACCCGAAAUAUGGAAUUUUUACCGACAAACUGGCCAAAAAUCGUUGCAAUAAAAUUUACAACGCUUUAUGGGAGGUUAUUCUGUGUUACAGACUCGUUUUUUACAUAAAACAAAGUCUGAAGUUUUCGUGGUGGGACCCAGAAUUCGCAAUUUUCAGCUAAAAAUAUUGAAAAUGACACAGUUAUGCGAUGCAUCACAAUGAAAAAGGCAUUUUACUGCUUCAAACACGCUUUUUAAAGACUAAAAUUGAGAUUUCAGGUUUUCGUUGUGGGACUCAGAUUUUUUUCCAAAAGCUUCAAAACUGUCAAAAAAUAUUUCCCUUUUCUUUCAGGGCAUUCUCAUAACCGACAAUGAUGACACAUUUUCCAUUUUUGGCACACUCAGAAGUCAUGAAGACCCCUCAACCAGCCACGAAUUCCCCAUGGAUAUUACUAUUGUUGAUGGCGACACCGCCGACAGAUACGAAUUGCUGGCCGUGAACGUGACGCUCGACCACUUCCAGCAUCCCGUCACCUUGGCUGAGCACACGGUCAUCAAGAUUGAUCAUCCCGCCUUCAAGUUUCACACUACCGAAGUUUUGAUCGGAAAUAAGUAAGAAGAUGGCGGAAAUCGUCCGCAAAAUAGGUCGAAGAUGAUGAACAAAGAUCACAGAGAUCACAAAAAACACUUGGGUCAUCUAUUUUUAUCCGGUUUCACCUGUUUAUGACCUUUUUUCAUCUGUUUUUGACCAAAAAUAUUAUAGGUAUCAAGUGUAAUAUAAAUUUUUGAUCGCUACGCAAAAAUUAACGUCUAUAUGAACUUGAAAUGACCCUCAAUGCUAUCUAUAUUCAAUUUCAGAGCCGAUGUGGCCAUUCAUCGCUUCAUUGAUCCGAAAUUUUCGCACGAAAACGAGAAAAAAGUCCUGGUGGGUCAGAUGACUUUGAAGGUGGUUGCGCAAGAACGCACUGCUCCCACAACCCGACGACUCUCCGAAUGCUUGUCUCCAAGCUGUACCGAGGAGGUUAUCGAACAGACCGACGACUUUUUGGCCUGA